CAUACCUACCCUACCACAUGGAGACAUCUUGAAUUGGUGAUUACGGAAAAAAAAACAUUCUAGUCAUAUAACGAAGCGCGCGGUAGCUUUUGCCGCCAUUCCGGACCGCAUAUCAGUCGCAACUCCCGGAUCCCGGAUCCCCAACCUAGACAAUGUCCGUCCCCCCUACCCCGACAACCGAGAGAAAGCCGGGCUUCAUCCCGCUUGUCGCCGUCGUCGACUUCCACCAUGCGCGCGGCCCCGAGGUCGAGAGGUGGUUCGGCGUGCCCGAGGAUAGCGAUCCAGCCGCCGAGUAUGAUUGGGGGUUGUUGCCUUUUAUGGCCUUGAGCGAUGGUGCCCAUGCCGCAACAGAAGACUUCUCCUACUUCACCCUCCUCCGCCCCGCCACCGCCGCCGAACCCGAAGCCACCUCCCUCUUCGGCAUCUCGUGCACCCGCCAGAUGGAUGCCUCCCAGCUGCUGAACCGCCCCGCCGAUGUCACCCGCUCGACCGUACAGAAAGCCGUCGUCAUCAUCGCCGACUCGCCCCAGUACUUUGGCAUGCUGCGCGAACGCCUGAGCGUCGUCACAAAGGCCUGGUUCGCUCAGCGCGAGUUCACCGAUGUUGAGAUCCUCCGUCGCUUCCAGGAGAGCCUAGCGGACGAGAAGGCGCGCGGCACCUUGCUUGGCGAGAAGGAGGAGGACAGGGAUUUAUAUCUCGGCAUGAGCCUGCGCGAGCUGGUGCGCGAGUUCCGGUGGCAGACGCUGGUGCUGCUCAAGUGCUGCUUGCUCCAGCCAAAGAUGCUGUUCUUUGGAUCGAGGUGCGAGAGACUGUGCAUGAUGCAGUUUUCACUCAUCAGUCUGAUUCCGGGCUUGUUGAGGAACUUGCAAGACUCGGCCGGUCCGGAGCUGGAUCACUACGAGAAGAAGCUCCAGAGGCCGACGAGCUUGCGGACGAGUGAUCGCAACUCGCUGCUGGCGUACAUGGGCUUACCGCUCCAGAUCUUCGGCAAAGGCAGCUUGUUCGGGCCGUAUACCCCUCUCCAGCAGCUGGACAUCCUAGCCGACUUUGGCACAAAGUCCUACAUCGUCGGCAGCACCAACUCUCUGCUUCUCCAGCAAAAAGACCGCUACUCCGACAUUCUCAUCAACCUCGACGAAGACUCCAUCAACAUCACCUCCCCUAGCCUCAAAUCCGCCCUCGCCCUGUCCACCCCCGACCGCCGCUGGAUCGACUUCAUCACGCAAAACGUCAAUGACACGUGGGACGACGCCAACCCGGGCAUGCCCAAGACCAUGGGCUACGUCGGUUCCGAGGAGUUCAUUCGGCUACAAUUCGAGGAGUACCUGCUGUCUUUGAUCUCGUCCGUCAAGUACCACAACCACCUCGCCAUCCACUCCCAAAACCCACGGAUGCUGCUCCCGCACAUCGAAGGCGACCCCUCGCUGGACUUCAACGCCGACUUUAUCGAAGCCUGGAAGCGCACGGAAAAUUACCGGAUCUGGGACGGCCACACGGACUCACACUUGUUCGACAUUGUCGAGCCUAAGCACCCCUGUGCCGGCGGACUGACGAUCGAUGAUGUGCAGAGACGGAUAGCGCAGCAGGUGCAGGAUCUGCAUCUGGAUGAAAGAUUUGCGGUCGGCAAGGAAGUGCUGGGGCGGAACCUGGCGGCGGGGAAAGAGAAGGCGAGCACCAUGUUCAAUAAAUUGUAUGCGGAUAUGGAAGCCUUGAGGGAACAGAGACGGAAGGCAGCGGAGGAGGCGGAAAAGCAACGACAGGCUGAGGCGGCAGCUGCUGGGAAUGGGCAACAGCACGGUAGCGAAAAGGGUGGCGGCAGUGGGAGUGGGAACGGGAACGGAGGAAACGGACAAGGAGGACUGGCGCCAGCGGCUGCCGUGUCCACGGUAGGCAGCAAAGCCGGCGCCUUUGUGAGCAGCUGGACGGCUUGGGCGGGCGAAAAGCGCAAAGGAUGGGGCCGUUCGGCGCCGACGACACCGAUUACCGAGACCGCGCCUGUGCCUCCCACCACCACCACCGAUACAACGACUACCAGCGACACGUCUUCACAAACUGGAUCCCAACAACCAGAAGAAAAGGACAAGGAGAAGGAACAAGAAAAGAAAGGAUGGGGCUGGUCCAAAGCCAUCAGGAACCGCACCUCCCUCCUUCUCAGCGGCGGUAGCACGUCCGAAGAGCGUGAGACAUUCAUGCCCCAAUCGCCUCCUCGAAACGGGGCGUAUGCCGCUCUUCCGCUGGGUACGGGCAGUCCGGAGUCGGUGAGGACCACCAGAACGGGGAACAGCAGCACUGUUGAACAAAGAGCGUAUAGGAGGAGGGCGUUGAGUGGGGAGAGUAUGUUGGAUGCGGUGGAGGGUGAGGAUGGGGAAGGGUUCUCGGGGAGUGAGUUUGGAAGUCCUGAACGAGUACGUGGGGGGAUUGCGAGAAAGCCGGUGGGUAGCGCCGGAUCAAGGCCCGGGACGGCGGGGACAGCGGGAAGCGUUAAUCUGAUGAGUCUGGCGUCGCCGGAGGUGGUGAGGUCCGCAGAUCAUGCGAAGACGACAAUCGCGACACAGGAAGGAAGUGUUGGUGAGAGCGAAGUUAAGAAGGAUGAAAAGGUUGAGAUUGAGGACAAGGCGGAUCAAGCGGACAAGGCGGAUAAGGAGGACAAGGGCAUGCAUGAAGUCUCACUCGACGACGCCCCAGCAACAGCUACCGAACUUGUCAAGAAGGAACCAUCACCUGUCCUAGCGCCGAUAACGACUACUACGACGACAACAGAAGAGACGCAAAAAGAAGGGUCACCGUCCCGAUCACCAUCACCAUCGCAACUUCAGUCACCGGCUGUUAUAGUGGCUGCUGAAGAGGCCGCGAAGGCAAGAGAAGUUUGGGAUAAAUAAUAGCUGUAUAUAUGGACAGCGACGGAUAAUU